UUAUCGGACUACCGCGGAUGGGCCACGCCACUGCUGUGCGACUUUCCGCCGAACGACAACGCGUCUCUCACGAAGUACAAUAUUAUUAUCAUCAUCAUAAUCCAAUACAAUAUUAAUUACAUUUUAACGUAAAAUUAUAUGCCUGUCAGACAGCAUUGACGUAAGUAAUAUAACAGUCACGCCGCAAUAUGGUACAAAGGUUAGGAGGAGCUUCGGUGUUAUUGUUUGCCGUCGUCGCACUGUCGACCGGCAAUCCACUGCAAUCUGCCGGUCACGUGAAUCCCGUCGAAAGUUCAAAAGCUUCGGCGUCGUCGUUGGUCGGCGACACCAUGUCCUCGACGAACAACAUUCCGUUUGGCUGGUCUUCCGAUUACGAGGUGGCCAUCGUCUACAUCACGUCCGCGUGGACCGAAUUCGGCGAAGUACGUUCGUCUGCCGCACCCCUGGGCAUUAUCGCCGAAAACGGAUUUCUCAAUUAUUGCGUGCGAUUCAAGACCAAGUUAGCCGCUUGGGCUAAGUCCUUGCAAGACAAACCCGACGUAAGCGAAACAGUAAAAAAAGCCGUUACUAGCUGGUAUAGAGCCAUUGACACACUGUCGCGGAACAAUUGGGAUCUUCCCAGCGUACCCACGUUGGAGUCUUUUAGAAAACAAUUCAUGACCGCGUACAAGCAUUUGGUACUCAACGGCGCCGAAAUUUACGAAAAAUCGGAUACCGAAAAUAUGAAACGAGACGCAGACGGAUUCACAAGAGACAUUGCCAAUACGAUGAUCGGAACACUCAAAGAUAUUUCGAAACAAGUUCGAGAUGUUCCCAGAGAACACGAUACGGAAUAUUAACAGUCUAUAUAAUUUAUGCAGUGUACUAAAUAUGUCAGUACCAAUUCUGUGUGGACGUGUUUAACGAGAAAAUAUUUUGUACCUUAUACUGUAUUCGCAACUUUUUUUUUUAUGUAUUUUUAUAUAAUGUAAAAAUAAUACACAUUAUAUGGCAGAUGCAUAUACGUUAAUAAAGUAUAGUAGUUACUAGUUACCUAUGGUUGAGAUAGAUCCGGCAGGUUAGGUUAUCCAUCAAAUUAUAUUUAUAUAUUAUUUAAUUGUAUGUCAAAAUAAAUCAAAAAAUAUUUGCUGAUGUAAUAAAUUAUAAUGAAAUAUUAUUUAUUAAUUAAUAUUUACAUAGUUUUGACCAUGUUUAACUAUACGCAUAUGUUUAGGCAUCAUCGCAGAAUAUAUAGGUACUACUCGUAUUAUUAAAAUUGAAUAUAUUGAGUCUUCGAUGAUUUUUUAAUAAUACUACUCUAUCAACUGUUUACCUAUUCGGCAAAUAGAAUGUGUAUAUAUUACAAAUUUCUUUGUAUUUUACAGUUACUUCGUGAAUUAAAAUAUUUUUUCAUCAAUA